AUGGCUUUGCACUUUCACACAAUCUCAGAAAUUUCAUCUAAAUCAACGCACUGGAACUUAAAAGUUUGUGUUAUUCGAUUGUGGAUAGUUCCUGAUAAAUUCAAACCAGAAAUACCUUACUUUUUGGAGAUGAUUUUACAAGAUGAAAAGGCUCUCCAAGACAGUUCUCAAAAACAUCAUUCUAUUACUGAUGAGUUGUCUAAAGGUGUUGUAUCUUUUACAUAUCUUUCUGAUUUGCUUCAAUGCUACAAGGAAUCUUCCUUUUGGAUUGCUGCAAAAAUCGUCUGUUUGGAACUUGACCAUGGAUGGUCAUACUUGGCUUGCAACAAUUGUAUUACAAAGGUUGAUACAGAGGGAAUCAAAUAUUAUUGUAAAAAAUGCAAUUCUGAAGUUAAAUCUGUUAUUCACAGAUACAGGCUACAACUGUCUGUUAUGGAUGGCACUGCAUUUAUUUCAAUAUUGCUUUGGAAUAAAGAGACUAUACAACUACUUGGUAAAACUGCAAAAGAGUUGAAAGAAGGAUUACUUGAAGAUGACGAAAGUUCUUAG